ACUUUACUUGCAAUCCUGCCACACCCGCUUUUACCUACAGCCUUAGAAAGUUCUCCAUCAUGAGGGAAUUAUUCAAUCCUACCUUAGUCGAAUGACACAAAGGGAGAUAUGGCGUCAUUCCGGCACUUCUUGUGCAUUGAAAUCUCAACCGGGUCUUCACAUUCGAAUGGUCACCGCACUCUAUUGCAUAGACUGUAAACUACGAUAAAUCCUCCACUUCCAGUAAUAUGCUAAAAAAAACCCUUCACGGAUGGAUAAACUACAGGGAUUCUGACCUCACCCGGACGGCGUCAGGGCAAUGGAUCGCGUAAUAAUUAAUAGCAUCGGAUAUAGUGGAGCGGCGAAAUCUGUGGACAGGGAUGCCAGGAAUUUGGCAUUUGUAUUGCACGUUCCGAAGCGCUGCGUUAUCGGAAGCGGAGAGGCAAUGGGUGCUGGGCAUUGGCAAAGUUGCGGAACUCAAUGGUGAACCAUCGCUAAUGAACAUCAGUUGAUCAGGAGGAUUUCUGUAUGCUUUCCACUCUGAAGGAUGAGCAAUUCGCUUUAGAGGUCGCAAAGGAAUUGGGGACCACAGGGGCCUGGGGUUAAAAGAGGACGUGGGUACAACAGGAAUGUAGCUCUAUUCGACACUGUUCCGGAUGUUGCUGUGCUCAUUGUACCGGGGUCGCGCGAGUGGUGGCGAAGAAUUUUCCCAUUGACCUUCGAUUGCAUGUUUGCGAAAGAGAAAAGCUGCACAGCGAGUCCUGUCUUUAUCGCACGCGCGCGCCAUAGCCGUAGCAUCUAGAUUGUUAGCUCAAGAAUUGAGAAUCAUGCCUCUAACAUUGCAGGCUCUGUCUGAUUGUGCCACCUUUUCGCUGUUGAAUUCUAGAACCUCGGCAACAAUCUCAUCUAAGGGUCGCCGUCAAAGCCAAAUUCGUAGCACAUCUCCUUGGACCCUGUCACGUCUAGUCGUGAACAGGUCGCCUCUGACUUCCAUCUCCGGCGCAAGAUUUCAACUAAAUGGCAGCAUUGUAGGAGGACCCAAUGGAUCAAAGACAUAUCAAGUCCCAAACAAGAGUAACAACUAUGGCGUAGCGAGGGAAGAAAAACGACAAUUGGUUGGAUCAGUAGAGUCAUUAGAAGAAAAUGGCGACUCUAUGCGAAUGGGAUUGUCGAAGAUGGCUGUGUUAACAGGUUUGGUAGCGUUGCAGGUGUGCAUGCCCGCGUUCGCACAGAGUCUGGGCCUGGAAGUGGCGCGCUCUAGUGAUUCCACGGGACUCAUGACGGACGUGAGCGAUUUUCAGAGCGGGUUUUCAUCGGCAUUUCUGCUCAUCUUCUUCUCUGAAAUUGGGGACAAGACGUUUUUCAUCGCAGCCCUACUCGCAACGCGGAAAUCGAACAUCGCUGUAUUCACAGGCACAUUCGGAGCUCUGGCGGCAAUGACAGUCAUCUCGGUAGUAUUGGGGCGCGCAUUCCAUCUCCUAGACAAUUUAAUCCCCACUUUAGGAACCACGCAAUUGCCGCUGGACGAUUUGGCCGCGGUAGUGUUGCUGGUGUACUUCGGCAUCUCAACGUUGUUAGACGCCGCAUCCAUGGAGGGUUCCAAAAGCGAGGAUGAGAAGCAGGAUGCAGAGUUAGCCAUAGCGGGAGUGUCAGAGGACGGGAGCUUAGGGUUGCAAGCUGCUGCAAGCACCAUUGCAGCAACAUUUGUCCUCGUAUUUGUAGCAGAGUGGGGGGACAAGUCAUUCUUCGCCACCAUUGCGCUUGCAGCAGCGUCGUCGCCAGCCGGAGUGGUCACGGGUGCCAUUGCUGGGCAUGGCGUGGCCACCGCGUUAGCGGUGCUUGGAGGCUCCUUUUUGAGUGAGUACGUCUCCGAGAAGCUAAUCGCGUACACUGGAGGAGUUCUAUUUCUGGUUUUUGCCGCUACAACUUUAGUGGACAUCCUCAAGUAGCUAUCUCGGACAUAUUCUCGAAGGUGCCUUCAUGAGUUCUAGCUUCCUAUCCUCUUCACGCAUUCAUUUUGUGUUCGUACUGCUGCCGAUGUCUCCGAGGAAAGGUAGAUUACACACUGCUUCCUUAGAGAGAGAGGAGUUUCGGUUUUGUUGUCCUUCAUUCUCGGCGCAUCACAUAGUUGCAGAGCCUCUGCAAUUGUCAUACAGAUAGAAUCGCAAGCACGUCAAUUGCACAUCUGCAAUGGCAAAUCUUAUGUCCCUCCCUCGUGGACCCUCGUGGACUUAUAACGGAUUUUGCAACCUCGUAUGACCUCUGGUGAGGAUCAAGCUGAGAGAAGAGGAGCCUGCAAAUUCCAUGUUCAGCAUGUCGUUCCUGAAAGGAACUGAUUAACAAAGGUGGCGAGGGCUGCAGAGUCUACCUACACCGUUGCUUAAAAGCCAUUGUCCAUUUUCAGCAGAAAACCGUGGCUUCAUCUCAAGAACCGUUCUAUGAUAGUGGGUAUCAGAAGUGCGUGUGGUGGAUCUGUUAGGAUGCCGGUGAUUGCCAUGGAACGCCAUAGCUUGUUGAGCCUCUUUUCCUGAAUUCCAUUGAACAUUCCACUUCUGUGAUACAAGAUGAGUUUCAAGAUUGCAUAGUUCUGCAUAGAAGAUUCCGACUAAUGCAAGAUAUCAACUAUUGUAGUAUAUUGCAUGUGCAAAUACAUAACUGCCAAUCCCCUUUCAGUCUA